AUGGCCACUAGAGCAGCUUUUGUGGUAGCACUAAUUCUAAGAUCCAUAUAUGGAGGCAUGCCUAUAGUGGCCAAAGGUGCCUUUGAUGAAGGCAUGAGCAUAUCUGUCUUCGUUUUAUACAGGCAUGCAACUGCUAUUCUGAUCUUGGUGCCGGUUGCUUUUGUGCUUGAGAGGAAAUCUUCUCCAGCACUGUCAUUCAAAGUCUCUUUGAAGUUAUUUGUGCAUGCGUUUUAUGGGAUUUCUGGUUCUAUAAACAUAUACAGCAUUGGUCUCAGCUAUGCUUCGGCAACAUCAUCAUCUGCAAUAUCUAAUGUUCUGCCAGUGGUGGCUUUCUUUUUGGCAGUUCUUUUGAGGAUUGAGUCUUUGAACAUGAAGAGAUUCCAAGGAAUUGUAAAAGUUACUGGUAUUGUGUUUUGCUUUGCCGGUGUCAUUGUACUCGCAUUUUAUCAGGGGCCUGAAAUCAAAUCGUUCAACCACCACCAUCUUCUUCACAAUACAAGUAAUUCACAUGACACAAUUACUGUUCAGCCAGUAAGAACUUGGUUAUUAGGAAUUUUCCUAAUGACUUUAGGCACUAUAUUUUGGGCUCUUUGGACAGUGCUACAGGGGCCUAUGUUGGACGCUUACCCAUCUAAGCUGCUCAACACAACUCUCCAGAUAGUCUUUGCAACUAUUCAGUGCUUCUUCAUCGCUCUUGUGGUUGAGAGAGAUUUUUCACGAUGGAAGCUAAAGUUGGAUAUAAGUCUUAUUGCUGUGCUUUACUCUGGUAUACUUGUUUCUGGAGUUGGAUAUUACAUGCAAGUGUGGGUGAUUGACAAGAGUGGACCGGUGUUCUUGGCCAUGACAAUGCCAAUAACUCUGCUUGUCACAAUAGUUCUGUCUUCAUUUCUCGGCGAAGCAAUUACAUUGGGAAGUAUCUUAGGUGGAGCCGUCAUGGUUGGUGGGCUCUAUUGUGUUCUUUGGGCGAAGCGAACUGAGCAAAUAGAUGUCAGCAAGGAACAAAAUGCUGCUCCAGUUCAAGCAAGACAAGUUUAGAUCAAGCUCGAGCCAUUCUGGAUGUAUAUCAGAAUCCAAACAAUAAUUUUGGGAUGAUUCUCAUCAAUAUGCUUAUUUGGCUAUAAACUUUUGUAUC